CCCCGGGGAGCGGCGAGGCCGCGCGCGCCGGCACCAUGCAGACCUUCCUCCGCGGCAAGCGCCUGGGCUACUGGCUCAGCGAGAAGAAGCUCAAGAAGCUCAACUUCCAGGCCUUCGCCGAGCUCUGCAGGAAGCGUGGAAUCGAAGUCGUGCAGCUGAACCUGAACCGGCCCAUUGAGGAGCAGGGUCCCCUGGACGUCAUCAUCCACAAGCUCACCGAUGUCAUCCUCGAGGCUGACCAGAACGACAGCCAGUCCCUGGAGCUGGUGUACAGGUUCCAGGAGUACAUUGACGCCCACCCAGAGACUAUCGUGCUGGACCCCCUGCCUGCCAUCAGGACCCUGCUGGACCGCUCCAAGUCCUACGAGCUCAUCCGGAAGAUCGAGGCGUACAUGAAAGACGACAGGAUCUGUUCCCCGCCCUUCAUGGAGCUGACCAGCCUGAGCGGCGAGGACACCCUGCGGCUUCUGCAGAGCAACGGCCUGGACUUCCCCUUCAUUUGCAAAACCCGCGUGGCGCAUGGCACCAACUCGCAUGAGAUGGCCAUCGUCUUCAACCAGGAGGGCCUGAAGGCCAUCCAGCCGCCCUGCGUGGUGCAGAACUUCAUCAACCACAACGCCGUCCUGUACAAGGUGUUCGUGGUCGGCGAGUCCUACACCGUGGUCCAGCGGCCCUCGCUCAAGAACUUCUCAGCGGGCACGUCAGACCGCGAGUCCAUCUUCUUCAACAGCCACAACGUGUCCAAGCCCGAGUCCUCCUCCGUCCUGACCGCGCUGGACAAGAUCGAGGGCGUGUUCGAGCGGCCAAGUGACGAGGUCAUCCGGGAGCUGUCCCGGGCGCUGCGGCAGGCGCUGGGCGUGUCGCUCUUUGGCAUCGACAUCAUCAUCAACAACCAAACUGGCCAGCACGCGGUCAUCGACGUCAACGCCUUCCCAGGCUACGAGGGCGUGAGCGAGUUCUUCACGGACCUCCUGAACCACAUCGCCACCGUCCUGCAGGACCCGAGUGCCGGGCAGGCCGCCGCGGGGGACAGGCUCAGCCGGCUCCCGGCCGAGCAGGUGGGCAGCCCCGCGGCCGAGCGGACGCGCAGCGCCAGCCCCAGCUGCAGGACGGGCCCGGAGCCGCCCUGGACGGCCGAGGCGGAUGCGGGCGGCGCGGCCAAGCUGCCGCACCAGAGACUGGGCUGCACCGCCGCCGUGUCGCCCAGCUUCCAGCACUGCGUGGCCUCGCUGGCCACCAAGGCCUCGUCCCAGUAGCCACCACAGAGCGCGCCCAGGACCCAGGGGACGACACGAGGGGUUGGGGAGGGGGCCAUGCCG